CACCUCUUUAAAUGUGGCCAACCCACCCCCCAGUAGCAGCAGCAGUUUGCCAGACGCCGUUUCUCUCUCUCUCUCUCUCUCUUUCUGCAAUAAUGGUGAGUCCACCAUUUUCUUCAUAAGUCCCUCUCUUCUUCAAAAUUCAAACCCAAGAAAACCAUGCUGUUUUCUUCACAUCUACCUCGUUGGCUUCAAGUUCUUCUUACUGAGAAAUUCUUCAACGCUUGCAUAAUUCAUGAAGAUGCCAAGAAAAACGAGAAGAAUAUAUAUUGCUUGGACUGUUGUAUCAGUAUUUGCCCUAACUGCUUAUCCCCUCACAGCUCUCACCGCCUCUUACAGAUAAGAAGGUAUGUCUAUCAUGAUGUUAUAAGGCUGGAUGAUGCAACCAGAUUAAUGGACUGUGCUUUUGUCCAAUCAUACAUAACAAAUAGCGCAAAAGUGAUAUUUAUAAACCAAAGGCCACAAACAAGACAGUUCAGAGGCUCCGGCAACUUCUGCAAUACCUGCGACAGAAGCCUGCAAGACCCUUAUCUCUUUUGCUCUCUCUCCUGCAAGGUUAAUGAUCUGUUAAGAACAGAAGAUGGGGUUUCAAAGUUCCUGUUCGAGUGCAAUUUCUUACCUUUACCAGAAGCGGGUUCGGAGGAUUAUGGUUUGGUGACACCGGACUCAGUCCUUGAACCAUCUGGUUCGACCGGGUCUGGUGGGUACGGGGAAGUGUCACUCACAUCCACUGCUACGACGGAAAUUGUGAGAAAGAAGAGGAGUAGCUUAAAAGCAUGUCGACCGACAUGCCCUCCGACAGUAUCCGAAGUUUCGGGAAGUUUGAUGAACCGGAGAAAGAAAACUCCCCAACGAGCUCCACUCUAUUGAAUUUGUUCGCCUAAGGAAAUGAAAGCAUAGAAAGAUAGAGAGAGAGGUAAGGGAGAUUGGGACAUUGUUGGUAUUUUAAAAUUUCAUUUAAAAAGUCAAGUUACAUAAGAAAAAUGAUUGCCCCAAAUCCCAUUUUGAUCAUGUAAAACUCUCCUCUCCUAGUGCAAUUUAUUAUUUUUUCUCCCUUUUACAUAGUUAUAUUAUAUUAUUGUGAGUAA